UAGCUCAGUCUGCGUAACGAGAUUUGUUUAGAAGAUGUUCCGACACAAAACGGAUGUGUAGUUUUGUUGUCUAAUUAAAAUAACGGAAACAAUAUUACAGAGGACGGAGUUAGCUAGUCCAGAAACAUCCUAGCGCCACAAAUAUACUCCAAAAAUUAUAAAUGUUAUCUUUUUCGUUUUGUGUUUUAUUUAUAUUCAGCGAGCAGCCACAAACCACCGCACUUUGUUUGAUCCCCUGAACUUAAACGAGAGAAAAGGCUUUUCAUAUCAGACUUUUCCACAACCAGGGAGACCACAUCAUAUAUCAGUAAAACAGGUUACAUAACAAGCAAGGGAUGGUUAAAAUUCCUCUCAGCACACAUGGCCAGCUACAGAGGCUGCUCCCAAAGUGGAUGCUGCUCCACUUUCCCUCUAUGAAAGCUUAUAGCCAUGGAGUUUGUAUUUUUCAAAAAAAGUGCAAAUAUUGUUUUUUUCAGAUUUAAUGUGGGAGACAGCAGCCAUAUUGGAUUUUGAGGCUGAAGUGGGUGAGAAAACUGACACAUUAUCACUUCUGAUUGCAAGAAACGUUUCUGCUAAUUCUAACUACAAAAUUGGUAAUGUAAACUUUUGAGUAAAAAUAGAGAGCAAAAUUAUGCAGCAUCCUUUUAAAUUUUUUAUUUAAUUUUACAUAAAAUUAAGAAAAUUAUGGACAGCCAUCGUCUUUAUGAGACCAUAACAGAAAAUAAGUGUCUUGAGUCAGAGGCUUCUUCAAAUUUUUAUUCAAACUAAUCAAAUUACUCUGUUGCUAAUAGGAUUUAAAAAACUGGAUAGAGUUCAGUGUGCAUGUUCACAAUCUAGACCACAUGUGUCAAACUCGAGGCCGGGGGUCCAAAUCCGGCCCCCAUAACCUUUUUGUGUGGCCCUUUGGUGCCAACUGUCAAGAUAACACUGCUUAAAUAUUAUUUAAUCAAACAAAUCAGAGCAGUUUUUGUCUAUUUUCUGUCAGGUUUCAUCAAUGAGUCCCUCCAGUUUCUUGCAAAUUAUCAUAGAAGUUUAUGCAAAAAUCAACAAAUGCCUGCACUUUUUCGUGCUAAUGUAUAACUAUGAGUUUACUGCAGAUUUUCCACAAAAAUGGUCAAAAACAUUUGAGUUUAAGUGGUGCUAACAGCUCCCUCAACCUUAAUUGAUAUUUUUAAAUUAGUACCACAAACAGUUUUCAAAAAAAUCGCAAAAACCAUCUCGUAAUCCUGGAGGGACUGAUGUUCAAUGUUAUUUAAUCUUAAGAAGUUAUUAAUAUUUUAACAAGUUUUAUCAAUAUAUUCUAGCACAACCAGCCCUUUAAGAGCGUUCAUGAUCUUGACGUGGCCCAAAACAAAAAUGAAUUGGACACCGCUGAUCUAGACUGACUGAAAACCAUAAAACUGAACCAAAGAAUUGAAUUGUAGGAGGUCUGAGAGCUUUGUUUUGGAUAAAUGAUUGUUUGCUUCAUUUUUAAUAUCCACCUUAGAAGCAGCAGCGCCAAACCGCGUUUUGGACACAGACCUGUGUGUGGUUUAGUUUCUGUGUGUUGUUGCUAUGACAGUAAUGACAAUGGUGAGACAGAGCAGUAGUCAUGUGGACGCCGAAAGACAGCGGCGACCCUGUUGGUGGGUUUGGGAGAGAAACAGGAGGAGGUUUGAAGCUAUUCAGCGCCAAGGACAUUGACUGAGGAGGUUUAGAGGCGACGGGGUGAGAGGGCAAAAAACAAGGAGGGGAGGGGGUAUUUUAAAGAGAGAAUGUGGAGAGAAAAGUCAGGUCGUCGUUAGAGGAUGUUUGAUAGAAAGUGAAAUGGUUUGGAGACAUUUCUUAGAAGAAAAAGAAAAUACUCUUUAUCAACUGAAUUUUAUGGUUCCAAUCCAAACAACAGAGUAGGUGAAGACAACGGGGGCGUAAGAGGAGAAGAUGGAGUCUGAGGAUUGGCUGACGUUGUAAUGAGCCUCAGGGGGAUUCAGACGCUCAAUAUAUUCUACAUUUGGACCGUUUUCCAGCACAUAGAAGAAGAAUGCUGGGACCUGAAACGGGACUGGGUCAGCCUUAGGUCAGGCUGUCUGCAGUGGGGUUGAUGUUGGAUCUGCUGUGGACGUCUUUAUCUCAAAAGGAUCUGUUUCACAGAGACACGAACUUCUGCUUAGAAAAGAAGUGUGUGAAACCAGAUGUUUAUAUGCACUGAAUUAAAAAGGAACAUCCACUUUGAAAUAUCAGAUUAAAAGCGUUCUUUUUCAGGACUACAUUUAUAUCAGAAUAUUUUUAUUGUUGUAUUCAAAGCCAAAUGUUUACAUGUAUGAAGGCUGCCAUACUUUUUACAACUAAAUAUGUAAAAUAAAGGCCCCCUCUUUGAAAAACACAACUACAUCAUGACCCCAGCCAUUACAUUCUGAAAAAUGGUAAAAGCUUGAAAUACUAAGAAUACAAUAUUUUCCAUGUGGUUUGAGUGUUUUGCUAAACUUGGACACAAUUUAAACUAAAUUAAAUCCUUCAAAGAUACAAUGACCUUACAGAUAGCACUAUAUUAUUUGCAAAAAUGCUUAAAUACAACAAAGUGAGUGUUUUGAUACAGCCAUAAUAUCAACUGUGUGAUAUCAAACAAUGAAAACAUGAGAAGCCGUGUGAGCGAUGUGGCCUACAAACCUGACUCAGUUACACUAGCUCUGUUUGGAGGAAUGGGCCCAAUAUACCAGCAAAUGGUGGUGAAAAGCUUCUGGAAGAAUUUUGGUAAUCUGAACUGACGUGAAACAACAAAUAUAUAUUCAGAUUAAAUGCCAGACAAAAAAAUAGCAUGUUUUAUCUGUAUUUACUGUGGUACCGGUGGUCCUGAUGAAGCUUUGAUGCUACAUUUGAUUCAAGAGUUUUAUGCCAGAUUAAGAUAAAAAAAAAGAUAUUUUAUUCAAUUCCUCUGGGAUUCCAUCACAACUUUAACUUAGUAUUUCAAACUUUUCAUUUUCAAACUAUUUUUUUCUUUUGAACACAAUCCCCAACUUCAAGUCUAUGUUUAGUCAAAAUAUGCAGCGCAAACUAAUUAAAGUCUACAUAACUGAAUAUAAAAUGUUUAUUCUCGAAAAUUACAAGGAAACUUUGAUAUGCUCUGAACAUUUGACAUGAUUAAAUGCGAACGCUUUGGUCAUGCUGCCUCAGCUGUAAAGGUCACACGGCUGAUUAGAUCCUGGUGUCAGAGCUGCAGGUUUAGUCGACCCACAACUGUUAGCGCUUUGUUUUGGUUUGACAGCUGGCCGCUUGUCAGUCUCAGACCACAAGCAUCAACCAUUAACAAAUGCUGGAGCGGAGCCGCCUUCGGACACAAUAUAUGAUAUUUGAUAUCAAAGGCUAAUGGCUGCCAUUGUGUCAGUCGGUGGUGAGGUUUGGGGCACUCCACAGGCCUGAUAUGGCUGCUAAAAUAUUGAUGGAGCUUGGCGUUGAACCUGGCUAAUUGCUGUUUAAUAUUUAAUUUAUUUCACAGAUCGACAUUCUCAGGUUGUUUAUUGUCACUGUGUUUAAAUGUGCUGGUGACACCGGUCUGUUGUCCGAUCCCAGAGAUGCGAUCAGAGUUUAGAUUCAUUCUCUUUCUGGUGUGUGGUUGUUGAUCUGCUGAAUUGAGGAAGUUUUGGGCUGUAUGAGGGGUAGUGUCAGUUUCCUGUGUGACUGACUGAGCAAAGGAGGAAGCCAUUUGACGGAAGGGGAGCACUUCCUUUAAGCAACGCUCUUCCCCAUCUGGUCGGUGUCGCACACAAUAAAAAGAGCUUCUUGGGCUGUUCUGGACCGGACAAACUCCCAGAACCUGACACACCUGACCCAGAUUGAACCGAUCCAACCCUGUGUUCUCUGUCCACACAGGUGCCGUCUCCUUUGUGGUUAACCAGCAACUAGACCAAGAUUUACUGGAGUCUCUCAUGCUAACCGAGUAUGGAUGAUACACAGGACGGGGUUCAGAUCGGAGAGAAAAAGUUCAUCAGCAAGUCAGCAAUCCUCUCGUAUCUGAAAACAUACAACCUUUAUUAUGAGGGACAGAAUCUCCAGCUGCGACACAGAGAGGAAGAAGAGGAGCUGAUCAUCGAAGGGUUGCUGAAUAUCUUUUGGGGCCUUCGGCGGCCAAUCAGACUUCAGAUGCAGGAUGACCACGAGCGAAUUCGACCGCCGCCGUCCUCCACGUCCUGGCACUCAGGCUGCAACCUGGACAGCCAAGGUUCUCCCAACAACACAGAUGGUCAGCAGACCUCAGAACAAAAUCCACCCACUGUGGAAGUGACGCCACCUGACAGUAAACAGGAAGACAACACAGAGACAGAUGAAGAGGACAGUGAGAGCUCCGCUCAGCUUCUCCGGACGAAAAGCGAUGCUGGCUUUUUAAGACGUGGCCAGCGGCGGUCUCCAAGCGACCAGAGGAAAAUCCGACGCCAUCGAUUCUCCAUCAAUGGACACUUUUACAACCAUAAGACAGCCGUGUUUACGCCUGCGUAUGGGUCAGUUACUAAUGUCAGGAUCAACAGCUGCAUGACCACACCGCAGGUGCUUCGGGUUCUCCUCAACAAGUUUAAAAUCGAAAACAGCCCAGAUGAUUUCGCUCUCUAUCUCGUCCAUGCAAGUGGAGAGCGAGUGAAGCUGAAACGGACUGAUUUUCCUCUGGUGCUGAGAGUCAUUCAGGGUCCAUGUGAGCAGGUCUGCAAGGUCUUCCUCAUGGAAGAAGAUUUGGGUGAAGAAGUCACAUAUGAUGUGGCGCAGUAUAUCAAGUUUGAGAUGCCUGUUCUUCAGAGUUUCAUCACCAAGUUGAAGGAAGAAGAAGACAGAGAGGUGCAGAAGCUCAGAAGAAGGUAUAAUUAUAUGCGGUGUAUAAUAGAAAAGCAGCUUCGUGGUCUUCCAGAAGGAGCGAAGUGUAUUUAACCUAAUGAAGGUGAGGAUUUCCUCCAGCACAAACUGUUAGGAACUGUUUACAUCCGCCGCCAACAGAGAGAGAGAGAGAGAGAAAGUGUCGAUCAGGCAAGAACUUCUCCUUUCUAAUUCCUCCAGUUUUCUCUUCUGUUGUCUUCCUGUUCGCCAUCACAUACACGGCUCGAGUGAUUUUACCUUUUUUAUCUGUAUUAUUGUUUUAUAAGCUUCCUGAGCCUAAAAUAAGAGGCCACAUCCUCUGUUAUUCUAAUCAAGUACAGUUGUAAUGGGACAUAAUUAUAGUAAAGUGCCUAUUUUAACCUCGUCCAAGCACAAAAUGCUUACGAGUGAUCAAAAAGAGCCGGAGCUAAUCACACUGACUGAAAGCACAUGGUUUUAAGAUCCAAGCGCUGAUGCCAAUGUUUGCAUUUACAUUCCUUCCUGAUCUGGGCGAGUCUGAGAACUGAAUUUAUAUUAGUAGAUAAAAUUUUCAGAGCUCAGAUUAUGCUGUCAUUAGCUGUUCUGUAAACUGAAUGUUAUGUUUGUUUUGAUACAGACAAAAAAAUGACUGCAUGUUGUAAUAUUUAUGUUUAAUGUUUGGUUUUCACAAUUUUUAUGUUGCAUCUAAUAACUGAAGAUUUUUCACUGAGAUCUCAUGUGAUAGAGCAGCAUAAAGUCGGGCUUUGUUGUAAAGUGGAACAAAAAUGUUAUUUAACUUUUAAGUUUAGUUUUUAACAUCUGAAUAGUGUUUUUAGUCAAUACUUUUUAGAACUGUCUAAAAGGGGGCCGAUGUCCCAAAGGCAACUGCAGCUUUGAAUGCAGAUGGUGGCUUUUCUUUUAAUAUUCGAGAAAAACGUCUCUGAAAAAUGAAAAUGCUAUUUUAACCAGAAAACAUGCAUCUUAUUAAACAUAAAUUCUUGCAAGGUAUUUUUGUCUAGUUUCUAGUGCAAAUAUCUUAGUACACUUGGAAUAAGACAAAUCAAGUAACUUUUCAGCAAGAAUUAGGAGCUUGUUUUAAGUCAAUAAUAAUUCCUUAAUAUUGAUUUUUUUCUUUUAAAGUAUUAGUUCCAUCGGUAUAUCAUUUUAUUUAUAACAAGACAUUUUUCCCAAGUUCAGUCUUCUGUGUUUCUUGGUCUUCAUAACGAACACGCACUUUUCAAUUUUCUUUGUAAAACAUUUUUUAAACAUACAAUUUUUCUCCACCUUACAGUUCAUUUUUAUGUUGGUCUAUGACAUAAAAUCCCUGUAAAAAUUCACUGAAGUUUUAAGGUGCCAACAGAACAAACUGUAGAAAAGUUUUGUGGGUGUGAAUACUUUUGCAAAACACAAGUACAUUUUAACCAGCAGCUGCCAAGAUUGUAAACCAGUUGACCUGACAUUUACGUCCAAAACUAAAAUCACUUUAUGAAGCUGAUUUACACUUUGAACUUCUUUCAAAGGGAAAACCAUCCGGUUUUACAGAUUUUAUGUUAUUUGCCUUCUUCUAAAAAUUUUGCUCAUUUUAUUUACGCUUUGAUUUUUGUCAGUAUUUUAAAAAAACAGAAUAAUUGUGCUAAUUAGUGAAUUUUUAUCAACAGAGUUUGACAGACUAUUACAAUUCUUGUCAUUUGUAUCAUGAUUUAAAUAAGGGCCAAUGGUGACAGUUUGUGGGAAUUUUUUUAUGUUCAGCAAAAGAUUUAGUCGAAAAAGCACAACAAAAAAAUUAAAGCUGUGAAUUACAUAUGUCUGAAAUGUUUUAAAUGAGCGUCGAAAGCAGCAACGUCUGACUCCAAAUGAGUAGCACUUUGCGUAAGUUUGUCGCGUCUUUAACAUUUUUCCGCAGACGGCACCCUACAGAGUUUCUAUGUGACUGAAAGCGCGCAUGUUUAUAUUUUCAGUGAUUUCUUUGUAUUGUCUUUUACAAAACAUACAGUCGACUUUCAAGGCUUGUAAAUGUGAAAACGUCAUUCUACCCCUUCAAAAAUUAGGGUAUUUUUUGUUUUGUUUUACAGUGAUAUUAUUUAAUAAAAAUCUGUCUUUGGAGAA